GCGUUAUGCUAUCAAGCCAGCAGUCCUGGUUCGUCACUUUAAACUGUCCGGAUCAAAUAUAGCAGAGCUCUCACUUGACCAGACCUUGUCAGCCCAGAUCCAGGUUGCGACAACUAGAUUCUACAAGCUUUUGUUUCACUUGACUCGUAUUUUCCCAACUGCUUAGGUACUUGUCCAUGCAGGAGCAAAUAAUCACUGCACCAAAGCACAGAUAAGCAUUCAUCGGUGCCCAAGGUUCUAGGCAACGUUCAGAACGCCGUGCCGCAAUCACCCUCGACGCACGCGGCGCAAGCACACCGACCGUUACCUCAUCGUCGUCCGUACGCAGCAAAAAAGGUUUCUACUGUAGACCAAACUCAAACCGGCUCUCUGCCGCCUUUUACAACUUGCCAUCAGAGGCACGCAUCCUCCACGACCCGCUGAACAUCGCCGCCUUCCCAACCAACGUAUUGCGCUCAAGUACCAAGGUCCCGAUUCUGAGCUAGCUGUACAAUAUGACAGCCCAACAGCCUUCUCUCAGCACGCCGGGAGGCAUCUCGGACCCUGCACUGAUCACGCUUGUAAACAAGUUACAGGAUGUAUUCGCAACAGUCGGAGUGACGAACCCCAUCGACCUGCCGCAGAUCGUCGUCGUGGGCAGUCAGUCAAGUGGAAAGAGUUCCGUAUUGGAAAACAUUGUUGGACGAGACUUCCUACCUCGUGGUUCAGGUAUUGUUACUCGAAGACCGCUCGUCCUCCAGCUCCACAACCGGCCCGCAUCCCCGUCGAACGGUGUCAAUGAAGAGAUCGCAGGAGGGACCGACAAACAUGCCAAUGCAGACGAAUGGGGAGAGUUCCUCCACAUUACUGGCCAAAAGUUUUAUGACUUUAACAAGAUCAGGGAUGAGAUCACACGGGAGACGGAAGCCAAGGUCGGCCGGAACGCUGGCAUCUCGCCUCAGCCCAUCAACCUGCGGAUCUACUCACCAAACGUCCUGACUUUGACACUUGUCGAUUUGCCCGGUCUCACAAAGGUGCCUGUGGGCGACCAGCCGCGGGACAUUGAGAAGCAAAUCAGGGAGAUGGUCAUGAAAUACAUUUCUAAGCCAAAUGCUAUCAUCUUGGCUGUCACCCCUGCAAACAGCGAUCUCGCCAACUCGGACGGUCUGAAGAUGGCUAGGGAGGUGGACCCGGAAGGACAAAGGACUAUUGGUGUUCUCACCAAGGUGGACUUGAUGGACGAGGGUACUGAUGUCGUUGACAUUCUCGCCGGUCGCAUCAUCCCCUUGCGACUGGGAUAUGUCCCUGUGGUCAACCGUGGCCAGCGUGAUAUCGACAACAAGAAGCCCAUUCAGGCUGCUUUGGAAAACGAGAAGAACUUUUUCGACAACCACAAGGCAUACCGUAACAAGAGCUCUUACUGCGGUACUCCAUACCUCGCGCGCAAGCUCAACCUAAUCCUGAUGAUGCACAUCAAGCAGACGCUUCCUGACAUCAAAGCGCGUAUCUCUAGCUCGCUGCAGAAGUACAGCGCGGAACUCGAGACUCUGGGCCCCUCGAUCCUUGGCGACAGCACGAAUAUUGUUCUCAAGGUCAUUACAGACUUCAGCGGAGAGUGGAAGGACGUUUUGGACGGUAACAAUACCGAGAUCUCCGGACAGGAGCUAUCUGGAGGUGCCCGCAUUAGUUUUGUGUUCCAUGAGCUCUACGCCAAUGGUGUCAAGGCCGUCGACCCCUUUGAUGUGGUCAAGGACCAGGAGAUCCGCACGUACAUCUACAACUCGUCGGGUCCUUCGCCUGCGCUCUUUGUCGGAACCGGUGCCUUUGAGCAGAUCGUCAAGAAGCAGAUUGCACGGUUGGAGGAACCCAGCCUUAAGUGCAUAUCUCUUGUUUAUGACGAGCUGGUGCGAAUCCUGUCGCAACUGCUCGCCAAGCAGCUGUACAGGCGGUACCCGCAACUGAAAGAGAAAUUCCAUCAGGUGGUUGUGGCCUUUUUCAAGAAGGCCAUGGAGCCAUCUGUGAAGUUGGUCAAGGAUCUGGUGGCCAUGGAGGUGUGCUACAUCAACACUGGCCACCCUGACUUUUUGAACGGUCACCGCGCCAUGGCUAUUGUAAAUGAACGCAUGAAUCCUAAGCCCGUUACUCAGGUGGACCCCAAGACUGGCAAGGCCAUCUCUACCACGCCUGCACGGACCGCCAGUCCUGGUGUCCCAGACUCUGGGGACGGCAACAGCGGUUUCUUUGGCAGUUUCUUUGCUGGAAAGAACAAGAAGAAGGCUGCUGCCAUGGAGCCGCCGCCACCCAUGCUCAAGGCUUCGGGUAACUUGUCAGAGCGUGAAGCUAUGGAAGUCGAGGUCAUUAAGCUUCUGAUUGCUUCAUACUUUAACAUUGUCAAGAGAACCAUGAUCGACAUGGUACCCAAGGCCAUUAUGCUGAACCUUGUGCAGUACACGAAAGAAAACAUGCAUGCGGAACUCCUUGCAAGCAUGUACAAGAACGAGCAGCUGGAUGAUCUGCUCAAGGAGAGCGAUUACACGAUUCGCAGGAGGAAAGAGUGUCAACAAAUGGUGGAGUCUUUGUCGCGCGCGCAGGAAAUUGUCGGACAGGUGCAGUAAAUAUCGAGAGAUUUGAACCGAGCUGGGCCAGUGUGUCCGUCUGUUGAGGAUUCGGAGAGGAUAAAUAUGCCAUGCUUAUCGACUUCCGCUGUCAACGCUCUCAGGAUGGUCUUGAAGACAGUCCAGUCUGUUAUCUUUACAUCAGAUUUUUUUUAAUUCUUUUUCCUCUACUUUUUUCGAUACCAGGUUUCUGACUCUAAACCGAGCAUACAUUCCUUCAUUAACAA